CUAACUACGCGUUUACGGCUCCUCUUCUCCUUCUCCAUGCUCUCUCUCUCACUCUCUCUACAAAACCCAUAAGCUCUCUCAUUCUCUCUCCCAUUGCCUCUCUCUCUCUCUUCCUCUGUCUGUAUCUGAAAGCUCAGAGCUUCAAUCGUAAGACGACCAGACAGCAGCAAUGUCAGUCCCCACCGCCCUCUAUCGCCUGAUCCUCUUCUUCGCAGUCGCCUGGACACCCUUCACGGCUGCGCAGACACCGGCGCCGCCACCGGCAUCGGACGCCUGCAACGGGAUCUUCCUCUCCUACUCGUACACCGGCGGAGCCCAGAUCCCGCCCACCGACCCGGUCAACCAGGCCUACCGGUUCGAGUCCACCCUCACCAUCCUCAACAAUGCGGCUGAGGAGCUCAAGUCGUGGCAGGUCUUCGUGGGGUUCCAGCACGACGAGCUCCUCGUCUCUGCCUCCGGCGCUGUCCUCUCCGACGGCUCCAGCCUGCCCGCUGCGGUCGGGAAUGGGACAGUCUUUGCGGGGUACCCGUCCUCCGAUCUGAAGUCCGCGAUUGAAACUGCAGGGGACGCGACGCAGAUGCAGGUCCAGGUCAAGCUCGUCGGGACACAGUUUGGGGUGAAGUCCCCGAGCGUUCCAAUGCCGUCGAACAUCUCUCUCGCCAAUGACGGGUACAUCUGCCCCAAGCCCGCAAUGCAGGGAACGAGUGAGAUGCAAGUUUGCUGCACCAAGGAUGAGAAAUUCAAGACGAACAUCACAGUCGAAGACGAGUUCCUCCCCCGUCAGAGUGGCGACCUCACGAUCAUGUACGACGUGACUAAGACCUACAGUUCGUACUACUGGGCCCAGGUCACUAUCGAGAACCACAACUCACUUGGCCGCCUCGACAACUGGAAAUUAAGCUGGGACUGGAUGAAGGAUGAGUUCAUCUACACGAUGAAGGGAGCCUACCCGAGCGUGGUGGACUCGAGUGACUGCAUAUUCGGGUCUCAGGGGACUUACUAUCAGGACAUGGACUUCUCAAACGUGUUGAACUGUGAGAGGAGACCGACGAUCAUUGACCUUCCACUGACGAAGGCCAAUGACACAACCCUCGGGAAGGUUGAUUACUGUUGCCGGAAUGGCACCAUCUUGCCGCCAAACAUGGACCACAGCCAGUCAAAGUCGGCUUUUCAGAUGCAAGUCUUCAAGAUGCCACCAAAUUUGAACCGAUCGGAGCUCUCUCCACCCCAAAAUUGGCAGAUUAAUGGGACCCUGAACCCAGACUAUAAGUGUGGGCCACCAGUCCGGGUGAGCCCAAGCCAGUUCCUAGACCCAUCCGGGUUGCCCAAUACCACUGCUAUUGCAAGCUGGCAAGUUGUGUGCAACAUUACCCAAGCCAAGGGCUCAAGCCCCAAAUGCUGUGUCUCAUUCUCCGCAUACUAUAAUGAGUCCGUGGUCCCUUGUAGGACUUGUGCUUGCGGGUGCUCUAGCACGAGGAGUCAGACAUGUAGUGCCACGGCUCCAGCAGUCCUCCUUCCCCCAGAGGCCCUGCUCAUCCCCUUUGAGAAUCGGACAAGCCUGGCUCUCGCCUGGGCCACACUUAAGCACCGGUCCGUCCCAAACCCUCUGCCCUGUCCUGACAACUGCGGGGUCAGCAUAAACUGGCACCUGUACACAGACUACACCAAGGGGUGGAGUGCAAGGAUCACAGUCUUCAACUGGGAUGAUACAUCCUUUGCCGACUGGUUUGCAGCAGUCGAGAUGGCCCAGGCUGCCCCCGGAUUCCAAACCAUGUAUUCAUUCAACGGGACCCUACUGGAGGGCAGAAACAACACGAUCUUCAUGGAGGGACUCCCGGGGCUCAACUACCUUGUUGCAGAGACUGACGGGGAAAACCCGACGAAAGACCCCAGGGUGCCAGGGAAACAACAGUCUGUCAUAUCAUUCACGAAGAAGAACACUCCCGGGAUCAAUAUUGCUGCCGGGGAUGGAUUCCCGACCAAGGUGUUCUUCAAUGGGGAGGAGUGUGCACUGCCUACAGUUUACCCGACUAGCCAUGCCAGCAAGAAACACGGCCCGGGCCUAAUGCUUUCCAUUCUAUUAGCCAGUUUGGUGCUCAUUUGGAUGCAGAGAUAGUCCCAGAUGCAGUCCUGGCGUAAUUUUUUUCAUUCUUUUAAGUGAUAUAGCGAUGAUAUGCUUUGCUCGAGCUAUUUGCUUUAGUGCUAUCUCAUCUUUUAGAACGAGAACAGCUGCGAGAGGGUGCAGUCAACAUACUAGUAUAGGUUGCUGUCAGAUUCUUGAUUGUAUGGGUUGGGCACAUUAUAUAGUUUGUAUCUUACAUGUACGCAUGACAUUUUGUGUAGAGGCUCUCUCUCAUUCUGUACACUUGAUUCGGUUCUCCAUUAGUUUCUUUCCAAAUGUAACGUUCUUGUUUCUUUUGAUUA